UGCUGCAAACCUGCGGGAGAGAGAGUAGAACACGACGACAGAGGGUUUUAUGUAUUUUAUGUCUUAUGAUUUCUUACUUCUGCACAUGUCAGAGCUCGUGCUGAAGCCCUCCGCCCACUGAGCUACGGCUCAGACCCUCCUCUCUCAUUCACUCCGGACGCAUCUUCCACCAGCUGUGUCCAGCAUGACUGCCGACAGCAGGUACAAGAGCCGCGCGCCCCAGACAGAUGAUGGAGAGGAAAAAGAAUAUGUUGGUUUUGCCACACUGCCCAACCAGUUGCACAGGAAGUCAGUGAAAAAAGGCUUUGACUUCACACUCUUGGUGGCAGGUGAGUCUGGCCUAGGUAAAUCCACUCUGGUGAACAGCCUUUUCCUCACUGAUCUUCAUAAAGACAGAAAGCUGCUCAACGCUGAAGAGCGCAUCAGUCAGACAGUGGAAAUCACAAAGCACACUGUGGACAUUGAGGAAAAGGGGGUGAAGUUGAAACUUACAAUUGUGGACACCCCAGGAUUUGGAGAUGCUGUCAACAACACGGCGUGCUGGAGGCCCAUUACAGAUUAUAUCGACCAGCAGUUUGAACAGUACUUCAGAGAUGAGAGCGGACUCAACAGGAAGAACAUCCAGGACAACCGAGUGCACUGCUGCCUCUACUUCAUACCCCCAUUCGGACAUGGGCUUCAUCCUGUUGAUAUAGAGUUCAUGAAGGCCCUGCAGGAUAAAGUUAAUGUGGUUCCUCUCAUCGCUAAAGCUGACUGCCUCACUCCCUUUGAGAUAAAGAAACUCAAAGAAAGGGUGAGGGAAGAGAUCGAUAAAUAUGGGAUAAAGAUCUAUCAGUUCCCUCACUGUGACUCGGAUGAGGAUGAAGAGUUCAAGCAGCAAGAUAAAGAGCUGAAGGAGAGCAUGCCGUUUGCUGUGAUUGGUAGCAACACUGUGGUAGAAGCUCGAGGUCAUAGAGUGAGAGGGAGAGUCUACCCCUGGGGCAUUGUGGAGGUGGAGAACCCGUCUCACUGCGACUUUGUGAAGCUGAGAACCAUGCUGAUAAGAACCCACAUGCACGACCUGAAGGACAUCACCAGUGACUGUCACUAUGAGAACUACAGGGCACAGUGCAUCCAGAACAUGACGAGUAAGAUGAAUGCAGAUAAGCGUGUGGAGAGCCCCAACCCGAUUCUGCCACUGUCUACACCAGAUAUUGAGGCUGAGAAGCUUAUCAAGACGAAAGAUGAAGAACUGAGGAGGAUGCAGCAGAUGCUCCAGAAGAUGCAGCAGCAGAUGCAUGAACAGGAACUGUGACUCCCCUCUCCCACAGCAUCUCUGUCCCUUUAUAUCUUUAUUUAGAUGGCAGUGAUCCCUCACCGAUGCCAUGUUUUUAGGGGUUGAGAUGAAAAAUUCUUCAGUGUCAAUAUUUCACCUAAUUCUUUAAACUCUGGUCACAAAAAAUAUAGUAGAUGAAUGACAGCAUGAUGUUUUUGCCAUUUGAUAGUCAUGUUAAACAAUAGGGAGUAGCUUGCACUUUGUUAUCUUUAGACCACAGGCUUAGGGAUGGUUAGUUUUACUUGAAAUGCUCCAUGUAUGCCCUCAAUGAAUUAAGUAGUUUAUUCACUGAUUGUUUGUACUGUACUUGUGGACUGACAAACAGCUGGAACAGCUGCUGGUAAUAUAAUACCAAUACUAAUAAUACUUAUUCUGAAUGUGGGGUUUUCACAGAUGGUCAGAUUAUACAGUGAGUGGAACUGAAAUGCUGACUGGAGAAACACACUGCUCUUUGAGGUUUAAUAUCUGCUUAAUCAGGCUUAAUAUAAUCAGUGUCCUGAUCAGGACUCAGGAUCAGGAGUAGUCUAAUAACUUAUUUCCCAUAAUACUGAAAUUAUAAUAUAAAGUACUUUGUAUUUGAGUGGACAUGCUGAUGUUUUUAAAUGGGUUUCUAUUAAACCCAGAGAUGGUUGGGUGGGGUAUUACACAUCAAGACUCUUCUGCAUUGGCUGAACUUUUCUAACCUGGUGGUGCAUCCAUCUUUUAUAUAAUGUACAGUUAAUAAGCACAUUACAGUCUCCUACACAUCUGUCUGCAGUUGUCUUGCAUUGUGAAUAAUCUAGGCAUUUAUGACUAGGAAGAGUAACGUGCAACCUAAAAAGAUAUCAAUCCUAAAAAGUCAAAGGGGACCUAUUUUGUUUCAGUGCUGUUAUAGUGUUCGAUGUUCACACAACUGAAUUUAUUUAUUUAAACAUGGCCAGAGGUUCACAUGAGCUCUGGUUUUGGCUCUGCAUGAUGUCAGUGAGAGUGGGUCUUCAUAAUGUGGUCAUCUGGCGCACACAGACGUGAGUACAGAACCACCUCCUACCUGGCCUAGCUGUUUGUAGAAAAAUAAACGUAAAGCUGGAAAUUAGCAGAAUAGGCUCUUUUUAAGGGUUGCCUGGUAAACAAGAUAAUGCCAAAAUGCUUUUUAAAUCCAUGUAUUUAAAGGGGGCAUAAUAUGCAAAAUUCAACUUUUUAUGUUGUUAUUUUUUUUUUUAAGAAUAUUUGAUAUUUCUACAAACCCACACAAAGAAAAAUAAAACCAUCUUCGUGACAUUCACAAUGAAUGAUCAGCGUUGGUCUGCAGCAUCAAAACAGGUGAAGCAGUUCCACUGUUUGGCAAAAAGAUGCUACAAAUGUUACAAUUAGUUUUGAUCAUAUACCAAGUGGCCACUACUAUAGAGGGAUAGUCAUAAAUUGACUUUAAGACCAACUUGAAUCCAGUAAGACAUAAUCACCUGUGGGUUACCAGGUGUAUUUCAUGUUGCCUUUUUGCAUUUCAGUGCAAGAUAGUUUCUGUAUUAUAUACAACAGGACUGUUGCAAUAUCAGAUUUCUAUUUCAUGAUUGCUGUGGUAACAAAAAAGUUGCAAUAUCUAUCAUAAUAAUAACAGUAAUGGUAAUAAUAAUUACAGCAAUAAUGCUAUCAGUCAGAUUCAUCUGGAACUUUGUUUUAUGUAUGCAUUUAAAGUCAAAGUAAAUAUACAUCGAGCUGAUGAGACUUUCACUGAAACUGUACAGAAACAAUAAAAAGCCAUCAUAUCAGAGCUCUAUACUCUUUUUGCAACAUGUUCAUCAGAGAUUUUACAUUAUAAGCAAGAUAUAUGAAACCAAAGUUUGGAAUACUGAAAUCUCCACGCAAGAUUAAAAAUCAGCUUGUAUAUAUUACCAUAAAUCAUUUACAGGUAACUCUUUAUUUAUGACAGAUGAACACUGUUUCAGUGUGUUUGGCUGUGUAAAAAGAUGAAAACAAUAUGGGAAAAAGGUCAAAGAAAUCCCAACAGAAUCAACGCUUUGUUUCUCACCAACAGAAUAUAGUUAUAAUAAAAACAUAUAUGUUGGUAAACAUCAGUCUUUUCAAUCCAAAAAGCUAUUGUCGUUAUUAAAAAAAAAAAUCACAGAUCAAAUGUUACCUGCAGGAUAAGACAAGUGAUGGCGAACCUUCCAGUACGAGGAAUAAUAUACACAUUAAAGGAAGAAGGCUCAGUCAGAGUACUUCUUUAAAUCAAGCGUCUUUGGCUAUAAGUCCUCAACUGAGGAUUUAAUUUUAUGCAAAUUGUUUUGGAUUUAGAGGAACGCUGUGUUGUUUGGCUUUUUGUGUCUGUUGUUCAUUAGUUACUUUUUCUGUUUAUAUGGAUCUUAUGACAACUAUUUACUACAACUAUGAUAUUGUCAUAUGUGCAACAAUGACACAGUAUUUUAUUUUUAAUUUCAUGGUUAAAUGGCGACAUCCUCACUGUGUAAGAAACAUUGAUGCUUGCCAUAUUACGGAUGUUAUUUUAUGGACUGUCAUGUCAGAGGUUUUGAAAAUGCUUUAGAGAAUAUUUCCUGAAUUAAAAUUGUUCUACAUCCCAUAUUUGUAACAUACUAGCUUUAUAAUGUGGUGAUGAUACAGUUUUCUUUAUAACAUAGCCCUUUUCAGGAACAGCGUAACAUAGUGAUUUGCAGUAUAACAAGGCCAUAAUAGAUACAAA